CUGGAACUCCAAACCCUUUCUGGGCCUCGGCCGAGUGAACAAAUUUGCCGUACCUUUUUUUACUUAGCUCUAUCUAUUAUUUAUCUACUCCUCACUUUACCCGUCGCAUCAGAAUCGCGACCCUCAAGGUUCAUGACCGACAAAGAUGCUUUGUCGCUAUCCUUUGUGGAGACUGUAGCAGGGUUCACUGCCGGAGUUGUCUCUACACUCUGUCUUCACCCGCUUGAUCUUGUCAAGACCAGACUUCAAGUUGACCGGACUUCUUCUUCUCGACUCGGUGGCUCGUACCUUGUGAUCCGUAGAAUAUGGCAUAAUGAAGGUGGCAUUGCAGCAUUUUAUCGAGGACUGGCUCCGAACCUUGUUGGGAAUUCCACCAGCUGGGCCCUAUAUUUUCUCUGCUAUAGCAACACCAAAGAUUAUUUGCGAAAAUUACACGGUUCUCAAAAUCGAGAGCUUUCGUCUUUGAAUUAUUUCUUAGCAUCAGGAACAGCAGGGGUCCUCACAUCGAUUCUCACGAAUCCGAUAUGGGUCAUCAAGACUCGAAUGCUCUCUACCAGCUCCCACACGCCAGGGGCAUACCGGUCCUUGACUGCGGGGAUACAGCAGAUCUAUCGUUCAGAUGGCGUGCUUGGUUUCUAUCGAGGGCUUUUCCCUGCCCUUUUUGGCGUCAGCCACGGGGCAUUGCAAUUCAUGGCGUAUGAAAAGCUGAAAGUCUUUUGGGCACAGAGGAAUCCCCUGUCGACGCCUCAGGGGCCGGAUCUAAGAAACCGACCCGAUCAGCACAGGAAACUGGGUAAUCUUGACCUGUUUGUGGUGUCGAGUGUCGCAAAAGUGUUUGCCGGGUGCGUCACUUAUCCGUACCAAGUGCUCCGGUCUAGGUUACAGAUGCACGAUGCACAUCUCAUCUACCGCGGCGUCACGGACGCUGUCCGACAAAUCUGGGCGCAAGAGGGUAUCACGGGGUUUUACAAGGGCCUCGGCCCGAAUAUCAUCAGAGUCUUGCCAAGCACUUGGGUGACAUUCUUAGUGUAUGAAAAUACCAAGGCAUACCUGCCACAGCUGGCAGGAAAGAGAGCGGCCUAAAAAGGAGAUGCAUAUAAUGGUUCUGUUUUUCUUAUGGAGCAUCAGAGAUGUGAUUCUGUCUGCUGUAUUCCUAUUGUCCUCCUAUGUACAUUAUUUACCCAUUAUCUAUACUACUUAAGUUUCUUGGGUAAACAGAUAUGUAUUCCUGUG